AUGACCUCUAACCAUGGCAACACCACCAUGACCUCUAAUCAUGGCAGCACCACCAUGACCUCUAAUCAUGGCAACACCACCAUGACCUCUAAUCAUGGCAGCACCACCAUGACCUCUAACCAUGGCAGCACCACCAUGACCUCUAACCAUGGCAACACCACCAUGACCUCUAAUCAUGGCAACACCACCAUGACCUCUAAUCAUGGCAGCACCACCAUGACCUCUAAUAAUGGCAGCACCACCAUGACCUCUAAUCAUGGCAGCACCACCAUGACCUCUAACCAUGGCAACACCACCAUGACCUCUAAUCAUGGCAACACCACCAUGACCUCUAAUCAUGGCAGCACCACCAUGACCUCUAAUCAUGGCAGCACCACCAUGACCUCUAACCAUGGCAACACCACCAUGACCUCUAAUCAUGGCAACACCACCAUGACCUCUAAUCAUGGCAGCACCACCAUGACCUCUAACCAUGGCAGCACCACCAUGACCUCUAACCAUGGCAACACCACCAUGACCUCUAAUCAUGGCAACACCACCAUGACCUCUAAUCAUGGCAGCACCACCAUGACCUCUAACCAUGGCAGCACCACCAUGACCUCUAACCAUGGCAGCACCACCAUGACCUCUAAUCAUGGCAGCACCACCAUGACCUCUAAUCAUGGCAGCACCACCAUGACCUCUAACCAUGGCAGCACCACCAUGACCUCUAACCAUGGCAGCACCACCAUGACCUCUAACCAUGGCAACACCACCAUGACCUCUAACCAUGGCAACACCACCAUGACCUCUAAUCAUGGCAACACCACCAUGACCUCUAACCAUGGCAACACCACCAUGACCUCUAAUCAUGGCAACACCACCAUGACCUCUAACCAUGGCAACACCACCAUGACCUCUAAUCAUGGCAACACCACCAUGACCUCUAAUCAUGGCAGCACCACCAUGACCUCUAACCAUGGCAGCACCACCAUGACCUCUAACCAUGGCAGCACCACCAUGACCUCUAACCAUGGCAACACCACCAUGACCUCUAAUCAUGGCAACACCACCAUGACCUCUAAUCAUGGCAACACCACCAUGACCUCUAAUCAUGGCAGCACCACCAUGACCUCUAACCAUGGCAGCACCACCAUGACCUCUAACCAUGGCAGCACCACCAUGACCUCUAACCAUGGCAGCACCACCAUGACCUCUAACCAUGGCAACACCACCAUGACCUCUAAUCAUGGCAGCACCACCAUGACCUCUAAUCAUGGCAGCACCACCAUGACCUACCAGUCCUUCAGUUCCCUCUACAUUCACACCCAAGGUUCCACUUGCCACGCUGAAUUCUGCAAGAAAAAGUGGUCAUUUGGAUAA